ACGCGACUCACCGCUACAUGAAUAAACGCAUACGCAGCGACAUUUAUCGCAAGAUCACACGCUGAUAGAUCUGACAAUUUUAUAAUACAAUGAUUUAACUGGAUGUAUUUGAGCGCGCGUGCAUUUUCUGCGGUGUAUGUUUGAUGCAUUAAGUCGCGCGCAUCAUUUCCUAUCAAACUGACGGACAAUCAAUGCAUCCGGAAUAUGAGAUAACUGUUUGUGGAUGAUGAACUGUGUGAUGCAACGGCUCUUCCCUGCUGUCAUGACCGUCUCUGUGCAUAAGGCACAAUGCAUGCAUUUUUAAUGUCAGGAUGAUGUCUCGAGAGCGCGUGCAAGCUUCAAAAGCAUUCUAGUGCAUGUCAAAGAGUGUGUGAGAGGUGCAAACACUUCAAAAGGAACCGUGAGACAGACACACCAUGGACACUUUCCUGGACUUUGAGGAGUGCAUUAGGGACUCACCUGCCUUCAGACAGUCUCUGGAUCAGUGUGAGAGUGACGUCACAGAACUAGAGAGUCGAGUGGAGAAAGUGAUGAAGUUGUGUGGUCAGAUGGUGCAGGCGGGGCAGAACUACACUUCCUGUAAUCGGCUCUUCCUGUCUGGACUGGCCGAGUUUACAGCGUAUCAUAAAAACGACGGUGUAGUUCUGACCUGUCUGAGUCAGUUCAAUCAGGGCCUGCAGGAAAUGAUCAAUUUUCAGACGAUGCUUUUUGAUCAAACCCAGAGAGCCAUUACACAACAACUAACAAACCUGCUCUCACAAUUCCAGCCGCAGAUUCGUGACACUCGGCGUGAGUUUGUUCGGAUCGGGGAAGAUCUGGAGUCUGCAGUAGUGAAGAACGCUCAGGUCAGCCGACACAAAUCCGUUGACGCCGAGAGAGCGACACACCUGCUGCUCGCAACACGCAAAUGUUACCAACACUUUGCCCUGGACUACUGCCUACAGUUGAAUAAUUUCAAGGUCCAACAGAAGCUGGAUAUUUUAAACUCGGUCUUCUCGUAUUUUCAUGCUCAGUACACGUUUUACCAUCAGGGAUUUGACCUGCUGAGAGAUCUAGAACCAACUAUGAAAACAAUGGCAUCACAGCUCUCUCAGAUGUCGGCUCACUGCACCGCCAAGAGGAAAGACCUGGAAAACACACACCUGCUCGUUCAACAAAGGGAUGCGUCUGGAGAGGCGGUUAUUGUGUGUAAUCCGUCGGACGGAGGAACGAUUCAAGGCUAUCUGUUCAAACGCUCUCGCAAGAAGAACAAGACAUGGAAGAGGUGCUGGUUUUCCACUGAAAACAAUCAGUUAAUUUAUUCAAAAUCACACAAGGAGCCGUCUGUGGUUUUGUUUGACGAUCUUCGUCUGUGUGCAGUGAAAUCUCUGGACGUGAUCGAUCGGCGCUUCUGUUUCGAGCUGCUGUCUGUGCAAAAGUCUUGUGUGUUACAGGCCGAUUCUGAAGAGCUGAAGUCGGCGUGGAUUAAUGCUGUUCAGGGUUCUAUAGACAUUGCGUACAGGGAUCAAGGAACAGAUCAAAAUGCUCCGGUGAAGCAAAACUCCACACCCGUCCCCAUUCCAGAACCCCCCCCUCACCCGCCAGCUCUGGGCGUAGCUCUCCGUGGCAACGGUAACCGGCGCUGCUGUGAUUGUGGGGAGGCGGAGCCUCGCUGGGCCAGCGUGAAUCUUGGCAUCACCAUGUGCAUCGAGUGCUCGGGCAUCCACCGGAGUCUGGGCGUUCAUCUGUCUAAAGUUCGUUCUCUCACUCUGGACUCGUGGGAACCAGAACAACUCAAGCUGCUGUGUGUUUUGGGUAAUGAAGUUAUUAAUGGCAUUUAUGAGUGCAACUCAGUGGACAGACUACAGAAGCCCAGCGCAGACAGUCCACGGCAGGAUAAGGAACGGUGGAUCAGGUGGAAGUAUGUGGACAAGAGAUUCAUCAAACAUCACACAGAUUGUCCUGAUGCUGAGACUGCAAAGCGACGUGCCGGCCAGAGGCUGUAUCAGGCUUCGUUAAGUGGAGAUCUCGUCGCUAUGGCGACGGCGCUGGCUGAGGGCGCAGAGGUGAACUGGAGUAACUCUGAUCAAGAGGGACGGACUGCUCUGAUUGGUUCAGCCAUCGGAGGUUCAUUGUUGGCGUGCGAGUUUUUACUGCAGAAUGGCGCUAAUGUGAAUCACAGGGAUCAACACGGACAGGGCGCACUGCACGCUGCCGCUACCUUUGGACACACGGGACAGGUGUGUCUGCUGCUCAAGAAAGGAGCUAAUCAGUAUGCAGCGGACGAAAAGGGAAACGAUCCCCUCAGCAUCGCCGUAGAAACCGCCCACGCUGACAUUGUCACUUUGUUGAGAAUGGCCCGAAUGAAUGAGGAGAUGAGAGAUUCAGAGGGAUUCUUCGGAUCUGUCGGAGAUGAUGAAACGUUCCAGGAUAUUUUCCGUGAUUUCAGUAACAUGGCGUCGCAUGACCCAGAAAAACUCUCUCGCCGUCAGUUUACCCGGAGCUCCGAGGACGGAGCGAUGAACGAACUCAGAGAUGGCGAAAGAGAAGAGGACAGCUAGAGAGGUCACUCUCAGGUCACAAGUCUUGUGAGGUCAGAGGUCAACACUAGGAGGAAAAGGGAAACUGUUACAACUAUUUAAAAGCUAAAAAUCUAAUGUGAAUGUCUUACAGAAAAGCUAAAUAAUGUCUUGAGCACUCGGUAUUAAAAGUGAUUUUAAUGAGUGUGUUUGUUUAUUUGGGGUUGUCUGGUCCAGAUCAUUUCAUCAAAGUAAACGUUUAUUUGGACUAAACUGACUGUUCUCAUCAUAGAUUUUAGACUGUGUCAUUAGACUUAUUGACACUUUAAUGAACUCAUUUCUAUUGGGCGUCUAUAAUGUACGAUUCUCAGCUGAACUUUUACUGUCACUCUUGAAGGAAAUCCACAUGAGUGAAACCAAAUCUGACCCUAUUUACUAUUUUAAAGCUCAUUCCUGGUCUUACUGUGCACGAUUAAUACUGUGCAUCAUCAAAGUAAAAUGGCUUUGUUUAUACACACUUGCAUUGCAAUGUAUUUUAUGUGAUACACAAUAUCAGUCUUAAUGUCUUAAAAGUUUGUGUCUUAUCCUAAUUAAUACAAUAAAAGCUAUUUA